AUGAACAUCCUCCAUUCCACCUUAUCAACCUGGCGGGACCGCCUGGCCCCCGUCUCCCGCACCUCCACCUUCCGCACCACCGGCCAAAUCACCCCAGAGGAGUUCGUCCUGGCAGGCGACUACCUCGUCUACAAGUUCCCAUCGUGGGCCUGGGCCGACGCCUCCUCCCCCGCCAAGCGAGUCUCGUACCUCCCACCGGGAAAACAGUUCCUGGUCACCCGCGGCGUCCCCUGCCACCGACGCCUGAACGAGAACUUCGCCGGCGACGCAGGCCACGAGGACGAGAUCGUCAGGGACAUGUUGUCUGGCGCGGACGCGGACGACGGGGACGGCUGGCUGCGCACGGGCGGGGGGCGAGAUCUGGCCGAGAAGCAGGCGGAGCGGAUAAAGGAUGUGCGCACCGUAGAUGAAUCGGGGAAUAUGGGCGAGCGGGAGGACGAUGAGGAGGAGAUCCCGGAUAUGGAGGACGACGAUGAUGACGAUGAGGCGAUUAUCCGGGAGCCCGCGGGCAAGUCGACGACGCA